UCCAGAAAGUGUAUCAAAUGCAAAUCCUUAAAUAUUUCAUCUAUGGAUUUUGGUCUGAAACAAAUAUAUUUUUUUUCUUUUUUCAGAUAUCUGUAUUAGUGGGCCUCGCAGUCUCCGUCGCAGCCCGACCCGAGACUCCUUCCUACUCUCCUGCUCACCCAGCCCCUUCGUACUCCCCGCCAAGCCCAUCCUACAAUGCGCCUGCCCAUCCUUCUCCUUCUUACAGUGCUCCCACAUACAAUAAUGUUGCAGCCCAAUACAACACCCAGUAUGCCGUAAACGACGAAUACUCAGGUAAUAACUAUGGACAUCAAGAGGAUCGCGAUGGCUACAAGACUCAGGGAACGUACUACGUGCAGCUCCCCGACGGCCGUCUGCAGAAGGUCACUUAUUACGUCGAUGGCGAGUCCGGCUACGUGGCAGAGGUCACCUAUGAAGGGGAAGCACAGUAUCCAGCUUAUCAGCCCGCUCCAUCAACUUCUUAUCAGCCCGCUCCUUCACCAUCCUACGCUUAAUUCAGAUGCUGUAUCCCGUUGCAGCCCAAUACGACACCCAGUAUGCCGUAAACGACGAAUAAUCAGGUAACAACUUUGGACAUCAAGAGAACCGCGAUGGCUACAAGACUCAGGGAACGUACUAUGUGCAACUCCCCGACGGCCGUCUGCAGAAGGUCACUUAUUACGUCGAUGGCGAGUCCGGCUACGUGGCAGAGGUCACCUACGAAGGGGAAGCACAGUAUCCAGCUUAUCAGCCCGCUCCAUCAACUUCUUAUCAGCCCUCUCCAUCACCCUCUUACGCUUAAUUCACAUGCUGUAUUCGGGAACUAUGAACACCGAAAUAAAUAAUUUAUU